CACGUCACUAGAGGGACAGAAAAUCGACACGGGGCGAGAAAAAAAAUAUUUGGCCGACAUAAAACCAAAUCAACAAUUCAUAAACCAAAUUGGAACUGAUCCUGAUGCAAAAAAGAGAAAAACGGUCAUAUAGCAACUGGUGAUUUCCCAUGUGCGAUUAAAAGAAGAACUAAAUUUAACCCAGUAGCGGAAAUGUGGUUUUGGUAACGGUUUGAAAACAGCAAAGGCAGGCCGAUGAGCGAGUGGGAGAGUAUCUAGCUAGUGAAUUCGCUAGCUAAGGAGCGGAAAGGGAAAAAGCUACAAGAUAGGCCUGCGAAACUAUGCUUUGCACACGUUUAGAAAUUUGUGAAUAGAACAAGGGAUACGCUGAAGUGUUUUUUCUAACUCACAGGGCUGUCGCGCCCUUUUCACCAUCACUUUUUUUUUUUUUGCGAGCAACCGUUUCAAAAUACGAUAAACUCGGUUACUAGCUAAUCAGCUAUAGCCUGCCAUCGUUUCAGUUCUAAUAGCUAGCUAUUUAGUCAUAUUUGACAAGAUCGCUACAAUUUGACAUUAUUCCGUUUUAAGUAUAAAGAAUCCUAAUUUUACACUGAAGCCUGACUGAUGCUGAAUACCGCGUUAUUGGCCUCGAGGAUACGUUUCGCCUGAUUGUUUUUUUUUUUUUUGAGAAAAAUUGAGCAGCGAUCGAGAAAUGUGAUUACAUCAAGAAAUUCACCUCUCUCCCUCUCCCUGUCCCCCUCUUGCUCGCCGAAUCAACAUCACUUUGGUUUGGCUACAAACGUUGUUGGAACAGCCGCCCAAAUCUACACACAGCAAGAGCAUCAAGGAGAGGAAAGGGAGGAAUUGCCUGUUCAUCUGAGAACAUAACUGAAAAGAAGAAAGGUGCCGAUGGUGAAAAGACUAAUGGACUGAAUGAAACCUAAAACUUCAAAGAACUGCAUAAAAAAAUUGUGUAAUUCCAUUUGGGAAGAGGACUUAAAGAUUGCACUAUCAAAAAUUUCCAGUUGACAGGUUCAUGGCAAAGAUUUUCACAUUUCAAAGAGUGGCUGAGACCACACUAAAAAAAACUCUAGAAAUAAAAUGGUGGGGACUUUAAAUGGAAAACGACCAUCAUAGGAGUUGAUAACAACUAAAAAAAAAAAAGAAGACAUCGAAAGACUGCUAGCAGGUGUCUUUAAAGAAACACUUUCGGUUUGGCAUUUACCAGCAAGAGGUAUCUCAUCUGAGGGAUGGAUAUAUCACCCCAUAGGAUACAUCUUCUGUAAGAGAGACGACAAUCAGAGGGAAUCGGAGUCCAAGAACUGAGGUGCAUGGACAAUUUAAGCCUUUUAGGCAAUGUUCAAGGACAAAUGCAGCUUUUGCGUUGACUGUACAAGCAAUUCAACACAGUCAAAAUACGGAUCAUAAUGUGUCAGAUAAAACAAAGCUAAGCUUUCUUUUACUGAAGUAAAUAUUAAAUCAUCUCAAGUAUACAAUUGCAAGGAGGAAUAUUGACAACCAAACAAAGCUGAACCAUAUAGACUGAAAGUCUGCUGAAAAUAAGCAGAAAACAAAACAUUGAUACAAGGUGGACGGGCUAACGCCUGUAAAACCCCUGUGCCAUCCUUUCUUGGAUGGAGAGAGGGGGGAGUGGGCUGUCCUCGUCCUUGGGAGGUUCAAGUGUUGCGGGGGCACGCAGUAGUAGCAGUAGCAGAAGUUCUGGAGGAAGUGGAAGUGGAGGAAGCGGUUCCAGAGGUAGCAGUGGGGCAGUUGGGUCCAGUUCAAGUUCCUCCAGCCGUAACUCCUCAGUCAGUGGUGGUGGGAUUAUCGUCUCCACUACUGGAGCUGGUGGGGUGGCUCCAACUCCUCCACCUUCCAGUGAGUGGGAGAUGUUCCAGUUUGGAAAAUACAAUUUGGACAUUAUAGAAAUGCUAAGUGGACACCAGGCCCACCAGUUCAAAGGCCUUGGAUUAGAGAGACAGCUACAACAUCAGCAGCAAGUUCAGCUUCAUCAGCACCAGCAGCAGCUACAGCAGCAGCAACAGCAGCAGGCUGAAACUUCAGGUGCUCUUCUUUCUGGACUCAGCCUGGGGUCACUGCAAGGUUCUAGAGGAAACAGUUUUUCUGAUUCUUCUUCAAUUUUUGCCAAAAUGAGUGCCCCUCCUCCACCCCUACCCCAGCAGGCUCCAUCCUCGUCAUCGUCACAAAGCUCACGGAAGUCUAGCAAAAUGGGUGUGAGUGGUGGAAGCGGAGCGGGAAGUAGUGGUCAUGUGCCAGGAUAUCCACAGUUCUUGCGCUCAUUUCACCCAGCUGAGGCAGCUCUAGCCCAGGAGCAGCUGCAUCCAGGAAUGGGGCGUUUUGAACACUUUGCUGGGGGAAGCGGGAGCAGUGGAGGAACUGGUGGAAUUGGUGGAUUAGUGACAUCUGCUCCACCACAGCCACCACCCUUACACCCUGGCCUCUCUAUACCCCAAGCCUCGCCAGGACCCUCUUCGUCUUCCCCUUCCCCUUCAAGCUCUGCUUCUACCUCCAACAACCCUCCGAGCAGCAGUACAGUGACCUCCUUAGGUCACCAGCUUGUUGGGGCUCAGUCUGAUGCCCGCAGCCUCCACCAGCAAUUUAGUUGCAUGUUGGCAGCCAAUCAGUACUUUCUGUCAGGGGUGCCAGCUAAUGCCAGUUUGGAGCAGUUUUUGGUUCAGCAGGGCACCCAUAACCAUCUUGGUCUUGGAUUAGGGCAAACGGGUGGAGAAUCAAGUUCAGGUUUAGCCCCACCCCCAGCUCUUCACCCCUCUCACACACACGGCCACCCCACUCCCCAGCAACAGCAGCAACAGCAGCAGCAACAGCAGCAGCAACAAUUGCCACCCCAUGCCUCCUCUCAUCCUCACUCUCACCCUCACCACCCUCUCCACCCAGGAUCCCAGCCGUCCUCUCUUAGUGGAUUUGAUUUCCAAGGUAUACCAGUUCUUUCGUCCAAUCAACUAGCUUCUCUAAUGCAACAGGAAGCUGGCUUGCCCCUCCCCCUACCACUUCAUUUGUCUCUUUCCAAGGAUGACGGAAAGGGUGACAGUGGGGGUGGAGGAAGUGGAGGUGGGGGCAGGAGGAAGAAAGCUAUGGCUGGGUACCUGCCCCAGAGGAAAUUGGAGACCAGCAGCAACAGUAGCAGCAGUGGUAACAGCCACAGCAGUGGAAACCCCAAUCCCAGCAGCAGCUCGGGACAUGGCCAUGAUGUGGGGGGCCUUGUUGGGGGGAGUGGAGGGGUUGGUAUGCCAGUUAUUGGAGGAGACCCUUCCUCCCUUCUCUCCUCUUCAUCUUCCUCUUCUUCCUCAGCUGUCUCGUCCUCUUCUUCCUCUGCCCCAUCUUCAUCUUCAGCCUCAGUCCUCGUAACUAAUGGCUCACAACUCCAGAAAGCUGAAAACCUUGGCUCAAUGGCUCUCAAUGCUGCUCAGCCUGAACCAGAGCCACUGUACCACUGUGGUGAAUGCGGCAAAACCUUUACUCACCUCUCCAGCCUCCGAAGGCAUCUGCGCAGUCAUGGUUUGGCUACUGGAGGUAGCAGUACAAGUAACAGCUCUAACCCAAACCCUAAUCACAGCCACCACCACCCAGAUCCCACCCUGCCCCACUCAACCCAGGAACUAGCCUCGCAAUCCAACACGCAUCAUCAACAACCACAUCAGCAGCCCUCUUUAAAUACCCAACAGCAGUCAAACCCAGACCCCACAUCCUCUUCUUGUGCUAGCCCUGAGAAGACCCACUGUUGCCCUGAAUGUGGAAAGGGAUUUAAGAAAAGGGGACACCUUCUCCAACAUAGUGUCAUCCACUCCGGGGCGCGUCCUUUUGCUUGCACUAUUUGUUCACGAGCUUUCAAUCGUCGUGAGUCUCUCACCCGCCAUGAGAAAAUUCAUGUGGAAAAGCCCUUCCGCUGCCCAGCUUGCUGUCGCGUUUUUCGUGAAAGCACCUCUCUGCUUAACCAUGCAGCUUCAGGUGCUUGUGGCAAGGGUCCAAAAGCUCAGCAGAGGAGCAAGGACAAGAUGUCAGAAGGGGAUGAGUAUCAGGAUGACGAACUUUAUGGAAAAGAGGGAGAGGAAGAUGAAGACGAUGGAGUGGUGGGUGAUAUAAUGGGAGAAGAUGAUGAUGACAAGGGAGGGAUGGCCUGUGAUGGAUUGUUUCCGCGAGGGAGAGAAGGAAGUGCAAACAGUGGAGAUAAAACUGAUGGGAAAUAUGCUGCAGAUUUCUCACGAAAUCGCUAUCAGCCACCCUAUAGAGGUGAUGACUACCAUGGAGACUACAAGCAACAUCGUGGGCAAGCUAAUCCUACAGGUUGUUAUCCCGGAGAACCUUCCUGUGGAAGUGGAAUGGCUGGCCCAGCUCUGAGGAAGGCUCCAUUAGCCCCUACUUUGCAUCCACACCCUCAAAGUCAAACUCAACAGCCCCAUCUUCCUCUCUCCUCUCUCUUGGAUGAUUCAGAAGAUGAUGUCACCAGCUCUGUUAAUAGCGCCAUCUCUGCUAUUGCUGCGGCUGCUGCUGCUUCCUGCAUGCCUGGUGAGCUAAGCAGUGGUGGGGUACGAGGAGAAGAACGAAGAGAUAUCAUUGGAGGGCUGUUGGGAGGCCUUGGCUUGGGUCCUCUUGGAGUCCAACCUGGUGGGCCGUCAUCCACAUCUGGAAUGGACAAGACCUAUAGAGGAAGUGGUAUGGGAAACCAGGAAGGCAUGAGUGGAACAAUGACAAAUUUAACCCACCAUAACCAACAACAACAUCAACAGCAGACUCCAAAUGUCAAACCUAAGCGGCCCCGUAAGCCUCGAGCAAAGAAGGAUAAAACGGCAGGUACAGGUGGUGAGGGUGGCAAAAAAAGACAGCAUCGAGAAGGGGCUAGUGGGGAGAGUAGCAAGCGACUGUACCUUUGUAGUGUCUGUGGUCGUGGAUUCACCAGACGUGAGAGUCUUCGCCGACAUGACCGCAUUCACACUGGGGAGAAGCCGCACCACUGCCACGUCUGUGGAAAACAUUUUCGGGAACCAUUCCAUCUCACCAAGCACCGCACUGUUCAUUCAGGAGAGAAGAACUACAAAUGUGACCUAUGUGGGAAAGAUUUCGGUUAUGCGCAGAGCCUGAAGAGGCAUGGCAAAUUACACCAGAAAGGUGAAUUUGAGGAGACAUCCACAACAACAGGAGGAAACAACAACAACAACAACAACUCUGUCGGAAUUUCAGGAGGGAGCACUGGUCAAGAGAGGGAUCAAGGAAACUCAGAUUCAUACUACUGCUAUCCUCAGGACAUAAAGCCUCAAGGAGCUAAUACUCAGCCCCCUCCUCGGCUUUACACGUGUGCUAUUUGCUGGAAGUCUUUCCGCCAUCAUUUUCACCUGACUGCUCAUCACCAAGCAGUUCAUGAAGGUGGGGAAAGGCUUUUUUGCUGUGAGGUCUGUGGAAAGGCCUUUGCCUAUGCCAACAGCUUAAGCAGACACAGGCUAUCUCAGCAUGGGUUGACUCGGACAGGACAAACAAACCAGCCAGGAAGUGGGGGUUCAUCUGGAGGUAGUGGAGGUGCAAGCUCAUCGGUGUCUGAGAGUGAGGCAGCCACGAAUGCUCUACUUCAGCUGGUGCCACCGAGUGGAGCUCAUGGGGAUCAACAGACACACAGCGGGGUCCCUCAUGGUCAUCAGCAGCCUCCCCUACAACCUUCUGGCUUCUCCCCUCUCCUGUGCCUCCCGGAAUUUGGUCCUUCCCAUCCUUCCGCUUCCAGUGCUCAAACGUAUUCCCAACCUCUCCCGCCCAAUUCCACUUUAACCCCCCUCUCCAAUCACCAGCAAUCUGCAGGAAUAAAGGGGGAGCCGCUUUAUCCUUCCGGUCCUGCCCAUUCCCUCAAUACCUCUCCACCCAUUCACCCUCUUCUACUGUUGCCACCCUCCCAACAGCAGCAACACCACAGCAUUCAGUAUCCAAUCGAGAUCCCAUCUUCACACCCACAGCACCAGAACCUCCAGUCUCAGGGCGAAGUGAGGAAGCGCAAGAAAAAAAAAAAGCGUAGAGAGCUGGAGCACAGAGCCGGGGACUCGGGAGAGCCGUUGAGCUUAGCCAGAGGAGGCAAUGUAGAGAGAGGUGAAAAAAAGCAUAUGAUAGCAGGAGGGAGGCCGAAAGACGAGAGAAGGAAAUUGCAAAAGCGUAAAAGAAGAGCCCUUCAACUGCAGCUGAGAAAGAAAAAACGAAUGGCUCAGCUUUUUAGAUUCAAAAGAGGGGGAAUAGCAGGGCGUGCUACAGUGGCAGGAAUAAACAUGGGAAGAUUGACAUCUUUGGAGGUGCCGCACAAACGCUUUCCAUGCCCCUUCUGUCCCCAUACCACCUUUACUCGGCAGGCAGCGUUGUUGGUUCACCGAGCAGCUCGGCACCCCAUACGAACCAGGAGCCUCCAGGACCGUUUAGUGUGCCCCGUCUGUGGAAAACACUCUCGCAAGUUCUUAGCAGCCCUUAGCCAUCGGGGUUCCCAUCUUGCCCAAGCCUCUUUUUCCUGCCGAAAAUGCCCCUCUCGUUUCUGGAAUGGAACCCUCCUGGAGAGACACAAGGUGGUUUGUCGAAGUGGCGCAGGAGGAGCACGCAGCCCUGGGGGUUUAAAAUUAAAAUCUGCUAAGAGGAGAGGAAACAAAAGUGAAGGGCAGAGUGAGACUGCAGCAGUGCUGACACAGUACAGACGUUAACCUUUUUUGUUCCAUUAAAGAUUUUGACUGCAGAAAUGGAGAGGAUGAGGGUCUGUUUUUUGUUUUGUUUUUUUUGAGAGAGAGAGAGAAUUGGGAAGAGACUUUCAGAGCUGAAAUAACUCUGCGGAACUGUGUUGACCGACUUUGUAUUACUACCACGUGUACUCCUGGACUCUGGAUUACAGUUUAAAGGAGUGUUUUUUUUUUUUUUUAGGUUUACGCAUAUACUAAUGUACAUGUACUGCAAAACCAGCCUCAAAAAGUCCUGGCACUUUUGGGGAAAUCUAUGGACGUGACUGUUUUUACAGCAUCCCAGUCCCAUAGUUGCAUUCAUACAAAAAUUGGCUGACAUUGCUGGGUAGAUAUUAGACACGUUUCAGUGGAUUAUUCUAGCUAAUAAUGUUUCCCCCUAUCUAGUUUUUAAUCCAACAGUUUCUCUGAUGUGUACAAUGUAUAGUUAGUGUUAGGGCCACUGUGGAGUUGUGCUUGACUUUUUAAAAUAAAUAAUACAUUUUAAUAUGAGUAGAAGGUGGGUGGGGGGGAAAGAGGGAUGACAGGCUUUAUUUGAUAGAAAGACAGUGUAUCAUGUUAGACGGUGCUCACUGUGUGUUAUGUAGUCACUCAGAUUGUGAAUCUGUCACUUAGUAAAUCCAAGAGGACGUGUAUAUGUUAACCUGUAAGUCAUUUUAUAAAGGGGCAAAUAUCCCAAUAAUGAACAGAGUAAGGAAAAAUGGUGGUUAAGUACAGAGAUGGUAGAGGCCAGAUUUCUGCUUUCUUUGAAGAAAAAGAAAACUAAAGCUAAUAAUGGAACCUGAUGUCAUCCCAGAGUGUAGACCAUUUGCAUGAAAGAUCAAAAUGGACAGGCAGAUGGGAACAAGUGGACUGUACUGUAAAAUUCUGAUUAUAUUUUAUUAUUGUUAUAUUAUGAUUUUUUUAUUCAACAUAUAAUUUCAGUUUUUUAAUGUUGUUUAUUUGGGGGUUGACGGGGGGAGGGGGGUGGUGAGGGAGGGGCUAUCAUUUUAAAAAAGGGGGUUAGUUCAGUGUACCAGUGUGUAUCCUCUGUCCACCUACCAACCCAGAAUUUGGGCCUUUCCCUUAUAUACACACAGUCCUUUACUGAUGUACAACCCUGUUCAUAUCCUUUUUUCCCUAGUGUUUUUCAUUAAACACAAAAACAAAACCUGAAACCUAAUAAUACUAAAAUAUAUUUCUAUUAUCUUAUUUGUCUAGUGACAAAAAGUAGUAGGAUCACCUUCCAAAAUCAAAUAAAAUAAAAAAGCCAGUUAUCUUUGCCUUUCUUCAACUUACAUUAAAACUAAGCCAGAAAAAAAAAAUUGGUUUUGGGCUGUUUUCAUAAAUUCACUUAUUUGUCUUGAUCUAUGUAUUUGUUUAUUUACAAAAUAAAGACCAUUAUUGAACACAGUAUUGAAGAAGUAACUGUGCUGGGUCUCUCAGACCGUAUGCCAAGGCUUCUCAAAGAAGAGGGAUUUCGACUGUUUUUGUCAUUUUAUUCACCAAAUCCACUCAAAUCCUUGCAAGCUGAAAUCUAGAGGCACCAAAUGCUUUGAUUUUUGAUGACUAAAUGUUUGACCCACAAGUGUCUUCAUUCACUGUUUGCAUGUAGAUGUGUGGAUAUAUAAUGCUACUGGUUUAAAAUACCCACUGUAAAAUACCAUAUUUGAUAACGUUAUACAUGUCAUGUAUGUUCUCUAAACCGUAAAAGUAGAAAUGUUGAAGACAUUAAAUGUUUUAGACCUACGGUAUUAACUCAAAAAUGUAUAUAACUGCAUAUACAUAACUGACUAAUUUUAACGUAGGUCAACAAUACAAUAGUGAUAAUUAGGGGGCCAAGUAUCAUUGGUGCUCUCUUGUUUUUGUUGCAAUUUCCCAGUUAAUUAACAGUUUGUUUAUAAAAUGCACAAAAUUUGGUAAUCAUGUAGAAGGCUUUGAGAUGCAAAAAAGCAUAAAAAAGAAAAGCAAGUUCACACCUUGUGGCAGCCAUUCAUUUCAUGUAAUGUUUUCAUGCUCUUACUCAAUGGAAGACCUAAGUAAAAAACAUAGUGCCAUAUUCGGCUGUUUUUUUUACUGAGAAAUUUUUGAAGAUGGUCCUGAUACUCCCACUAUAAUGGAUUAGUGGUUUUGAAUUUUGAGUAAAAUGCUUAAGCAUCAACUCCUAAACCAGUCAGAUGAUUGGCAGCAUAUAUGUAUGAUCCUGUCACCAGGUUCCAGUGUUGGAAUAAUGUACUACUGUACGUUCAGUACUGCAUUAGCGUAAUACAUUUGUCAAUAACUGUAAAUGUGAUUCUGCAAUGUGGUGUUCUGCCUUGAAUUGACCCAAAGUGCCAGGAGCUAAAUGGGUACAUACUUUUAUGUACCUCUUGUAACUGCAGACCUGUGUCUAACUUGCUAGCUUAAGAGAGUGCAAAGAAAUACUAGUAAACAAUAAAAAUGGCAGAGAUGA